GAAUAAAGUAUUUCUAGGAUCUCUGUUUGUCAACCAAUGAACGUAUCCAAAAAGUUUGUCGUACGACACGUGAAAUAUCAGCUUAAUUUAUUGUACCAGUUCAGCAGUGCAGCUAAAAAGAACAGACCAAAUUUCAAAACGUAAAAAACUCAGUACUGUCAGCACUUUUCAAAAGAUAACCAGUGAUGCUUCCUUCAACAGUAAUCGGAAACUCUUCAACAAAACCGAAAAGAAUUUUGUUAUUUAGUGGUAAAAGAAAAUCUGGAAAGGAUUACAUUACUGAAAUUUUACAUAAAAGGCAGCUUGGUCUACAAAAAAGUACGAUUAUACGAUUAUCAGGACCUAUAAAAACUCAUUGGGCAAAGUCACUAAAUCUUGAUCUGGAUCAAUUAUUAGGUAAUGGAGCAUACAAGGAAGAAUAUCGUAUUAAAAUGUGUGAAUGGGGAGAAAAUAUGAGAGCAAAAGACAAUGGUUAUUUUUGUCGUGCUGCUAUCGAUAUGUAUGAUGUAAGAGAUAAAUCAGUGUGGAUAGUAAGCGAUGUUAGAAGAAAAACGGAUAUUCAGUGGUUUAUAGAAAAUUAUGGAGAUAUAUGUAAAACUAUACGUAUAGUUUGUUCUGAGGAAGUUAGACAAAAACGUGGUUGGGUUUAUACAUUAGGUAUAGACGAUGCAGAAACAGAAUGUGAUUUAGAUGAUGUAAAUACUUGGGAUGUCUUGUUAGAGAAUAAUAACGACAAUGAUAUAGAAAUUAUAAUGCAACAGUUGCUACUUCUAGUUGACUAGCAAAAGCUUUGUUAAAUGCACAUAAUAUAUGACAUUCCUCAAGUUUUCCGUUAAUUUUUAUGUGAAAAAUAUAUUCAGAUAGCCAAAAAAUUUUUCAAUAAAAUCAUCGAUUCACGAGAUAA